AUGCCUAUUCCAGUUGAACAGAUCCUCGCACCAUAUGAAUACAAACCCGAGCUCGUGGAGCGCAUAGCCUCACGGACAGUCAAACCCCCUAUCACCAUAACCAAACCCAAUCCAGAAUGGCCACAACGAUUCGAAGAAGUCAAAACGCGAAUUGAAAAAGCCCUUGGGUCCUUCAUUGCGGUGAUCACUCAUACCGGCUCAACCAGUGUUCCCGGUCUACCCGCAAAAGACAUUAUUGACAUCGAUUUGACUCUGAAAGAUGCCACGGAUGAAGUAUCAUAUGUGAAGCCACUGGAAGAGGCAGGGUUCAAGUUUCUCUUACGCGAGCCCCGAUGGCAUGAGCACCGGUUCUUUGUUGAGGAUUGGCCUAACGCCUACCAUGUUAAUCUCCAUGUGUGGGGCCCUGACUCACCUGAGGCUGCUCGUCACCUUAUCUUUCGUGACUGGUUACUUAAAUCGCCGGCGGACCGGGAUCUUUAUGCAAAGGUGAAAUAUGAAGCGGCGGAACAGACUUCGGAUGAGGAAUCAGUUAUGGAUUAUACUCUUAGGAAGGAUAAGGUGAUUCAGGAGAUUUUAGGAAGAGCAUUUCGUGAUUUGGGCUAUAUCGAAUGA